ACUUAUACUAAACCAGAAAUAAAGUAUAAAAAUUAAAGAAAAGCAAGUUCCUUCUCAAUUUUUUAGAAAGGAUAUCAAGGUUUUAACAAAAUUAACAAGUUCCAUUUAAUAAGCACACGUUUACAAUGCAGUGGAAAGAGCUUCUACUUUCUUUAAUUGUGAUCUCUACGUCAUUUGAAAUCGUUUCAACAUAUAAACUGGUGUGUUAUUAUGGAUCAUGGGCUCAUUAUAGAUCUGGAAAAGGUUCUUACAAAGUUGAGGAUAUAGGUAAUUUACCGUGUACUCAUCUAAUUUACAGUUUUAUUGGAUUAUCCGACGCAAACACUGGAGAAGUUGUUUCAUUAGACCCUCAUUUAGACAAUAAUCUAAAUAAUGUAAAAAAAUUUACUGAUCUUAAAUCGUCUAACCCGAAACUAAAAAUUCUUGUUGCCAUUGGAGGUUAUAACGAAGGUUCUGCUAAAUACUCAAAAGUAGCUGCGUCAGAAUCUCUCAGAAGGACGUUCAUACAAAGCGCUUUGAAAUAUGUGCAAAGUAAUAAUUUUGAUGGACUUGAUAUCGAUUGGGAAUAUCCAGCUCAUCGCGAUGGAGCUGCAGUAGACAAGGAAAAUUUUGUAACAUUACUAAAGGAAACUAAAGAAAUAUUUACAGCAAAUGGUCUAUUAUUAACAGCUGCUGUUGGCGCUGGACAUUCAAUUGUUGCUCUUUCGUACGAUGUUCCUCGUCUAUCUAAAUACGUUGAUUUUAUUAAUAUAAUGACAUAUGACUUGCACGGAAGCUGGGAAGGAGUCUUGGGACAUAAUGCACCCUUAUAUGCAUCAUCCAGAGAUACCAAUAAACAACUAAACAUUGAUGCCGCUAUUUCAAACUGGAUCAAUUUAGGUGCUGACCCCCAAAAAAUCAUUCUUGGUGUACCUAUGUAUGGAAGAUGUUUUACACUUUCCGAUACCAACAACGUGGCUUUGGGAGCACCUUCUAGUGGAGCUGGCACCCCUGGUCCCUAUACACAAGAAGCUGGAUUACUGGCAUAUUAUGAGAUAGUUGAAAAACAAUCAGAAGGAGGAUGGACCUAUGUUUGGGAUGAAGAACAGCAAGUCCCGCACAUAUAUAAAGGAAACCAGUGGAUAAGUUUUGACGACCCAAAAUCCAUAACGAAAAAAUUUGAGUUGUGUCCCAUUGUGUCAACAGUCAACAUAUUUACGAAAAAGCGUAAAGUGCUCUCGGCGAAGAAAAAGUUUUCGAUAACUCGAGCAAUAGAGAAAGGUAAAAAGCAAUCGAAUAUCGUUCGCCGUACGAGGCUCUCUCAGUCAACUAUGGCUACGAUAUGGAAGUACAGAAAAAAGUGGCUUGAAGCGGAGGUGGAGGGCGUGGUUCCAGCAGCAGCAUAUGAACCAUAUUCCACUUUCUGGGUCUGUGGUCAGGACAAAAGCAAGUUUUUUGCAGCUCAGCUUGGAAUCGAGAAUCGAGAAUUCAAUGCAUCUGAGAGUUGGCUGAGCAAGUGGAAGCUGCAGCACAAGAUCAACUAUCGGCAAAUCAGCGAAGGGGCUCGCGAUAUUAACAAAAUCAUCUACGGACCAGAAGUGCUAACAGAUUUUGAAGAAGUUGAUUAA